AUGGAGAAAAUCACAGAGACAGACAGACUGAAAGGCCGAUUUAAGCUCGCAUGGAUGGAAAAUGUCUCUUCCAGCACCCUGCACAUUCAUAACCUGCAGGAAAAUGACAUGGUCAUUUACCACUGUCGGUUCUUCAUCUUCCUCUUCAAUCCACCCUGCAUUUUAGAUGGGAACGGGACCAGACUGAGUGUUACAGAAAGUUCCACUCCAGAAAACACAACACAACACAAACCGAAUCAGAUAGCAGAUGAGAUGCCUCUCUAUUGGAACAUUCUGUUGGUUGUGAUAACAGUAGUAAUUCUUACCAUGGCAUUACUGGUGUGCUGGCGCAAGGGGAGUAGAGGUCUUGCAUCUGCUAUAAGACAGAUGUCAUCCACUCUAAGAGCAGGUGAUCUGACUGAUUCCACACCUCCAGAGAUGGAGGGAUCCCCACCUGAACCAGGAGAAAUCAUGUAUGCAGACCUCAGUUUCCAAACAAGGAUGCAAAGAAAGACUGCAGCAGCAAGCUACAGAAUUAAGGAAACAGUUGGAGUGGAAUAUGCAGAGCUAAGAUAUUCACAGCAGCACAAACAGACUUUCUCUGUCUCUCCAGCUUUCAUCACACUUUACCCUUCUUUGAAGAUGCCCCAGCUGGCUUGGUGGGUACUGUUUCUGGCAUGUGCCACUCCUGCUGUUCCUCUUCAAAUUAGUGAAACACCAGAGCUUGACUCAAAAGCCAGAGAGGACGUCACUCUUCACUGCAAAUUCAAGAUAACCGCAAGCUUUGAGCUGCAGAACGUUCGGAUCUUCUGGCUCCUGUUCAGAAACGGGAAGAGAGCCAGAGUGCACAGUUACUACGAUGGAGCAAACAGACCAGAGGAUCAGGAAGAGGAGUUCAAAAGUCGAACUCAGCUCUUUCUCCAACAGCUCAGUCAAGGGGGGACUUCUCUGACUCUCAGCAAUGUGAGACCUUCAGACAGUGGGCUCUACAGGUGUAUAAUUGCAGACAACCAGGAUGCGACUAUUAGAGAGACUCUUCUGCAAGUAGCAGACAUAGGCAACCUUCAUUGCCUGCUCUCUAAGAAACCUGAUCCACAAGAAGAAACCUUUGAGGAGCUGGAAGCUAGAGCCUAUGCAGAGAUUUCUUCAGCCAACAUCUCCUCUUCAUCUCUAGAUGAAGCAGUUAUGCAUCCUCCUCCAUCUUUGGUGGAUGAUUUUAAGCAGCUCCUGGAUCUGGUCAAGAGAAUUGCCAACUCCUUGCAGAUCUCUCUCAAGGAUGUUAAAGAACCUCAUCAUAAGCUGCUUGAUAUCCUUCAUUCACCAUCAUCUGCCUGCAUAGCUUUGCCUGUCACUCCAUAUGAACCCCCACAGAUAACAGCCCUGUGCAACAAGGAAGAUAAUGUUCUCCUCCAGUGCAAGUCGCAAAGGGGAUACCCUGAGGCAGAAUUAACGUGGCAAGAUGGGAAUGGAAAUGAACUGACUCCAUCAGAGCCUACAGAAUUCCUGAGGACCAGUGAGGGAGUCUUUCAGGUUCUCAGCAACCUAUCAGUGAGCACCAAUAAAGUUCCCAUUGUCUGCUGUUCUGUUAUCCACAAAGCCUUGCUUCAAAACUUGACUAACUGUGAGAAGAUAACAGCCUACAAAACAGAGAGCUCUGUCUCAACAGAAAUCUUGCUAGCAUAUGGACUUGUAAUAGUUGCUGUGGUGUUGAUAACAGCUGGACUAAUUUACUGGAAGAUUAAAUCAAAACAUCAGAAAGAUCCACGUGGACCCCAGUUUGAGGAAAAUAAGGGACUCUUACAGCACCAUUUUGAUGCUCCGCCUGGAUCACGACUGGAUGAGACAGAGAGUCUUUUACACUAUAUGUCUGAAGAUGUGUGUGGAUAUAUACAUUAUGAAAAUGAGGCCCUCUUGCAAUCUGAACCACAAGCAAAAUGGACACCAUUUCAGGAACUCCUAGAAAGGAUGAAAAUGGAGAAAUAUAGCAGGAAAAAGCUCACCCUAACCCACAUCCUAGAAAGUUUCAAAGACCAGACACCCCAUGCAUUAGAAGAUUUACCUCGGAAUUUUCUGAGAAAGGUCAUGGCUCUGAAUGGGACAGCCAGAAGCACAGUCAUAAUGCCCAACACAUCUGAGGAACAAGGAAGCAAUCAAGAAAAGGAAAAGGGUAUCGAUGAAACAAUUUUCUCUUGCAGUGACCCUGACACUACUGAUUCUCUGCACCCCCUCGAUGUUCUCUGUGCUGUGCUGCUUUGCUCAGACAGUUUCCUACAGCAGGAGAUCCUGUCCAGAAUGUCCAUGUGCCAGUUUUCCCUCCCUCUGCUGCUACCUGCCCUCAACACCCCCAAGGGCACCCUAAUGCUGUGGGCCAUGAGGGACAUUGUGAGGAAGUGGAGGCCCCACUCCCUGGCAGAGAGCAGAGGGUUCAUGGAGGAGAGCCUGGUGCUCACCAAAAUGCCAACUAUUUCCUUUGUGCGGUUGGGGAGCUGCAACUUCUCCAAGUCCAAACUCCUCAAUGAGGUUCUCAGCCCCUCCCAACAGCACCAUGAUUUCUUCAUCCAUCGGGACAUGGAAUCUGGGAAUGUCCCUCGGGAAAUCGCAGAUGGGCUGGUCGAGAUUUCCUGGUAUUUCCCUGGUGGAAGGCAGAAUUUGGAUCUUUUCCCAGAGCCCAUUGCAGUUACAAACCUGCGUGGAGACAUUGAGUCCCACUGGCUGCAGUUUCACUUUUUAACAGAGAUCUCCUCAGCAGUGUUCAUAGUUACUGAGAGCAUCAGUGAGAGAGAAUACGCGCUGUUAUCAUCUCUGCAGGGAUCAAGAGCUAAAUUCUACUUCAUCCUUAAUCCUCCAGAUGAGAAAUGUACUGAAAUUUUACAAUCUCUUAAAAAGUUAGCCCCACUGCUGAACUUCAACAAAUCACAUCUAUUGGUGAAAAAUGGUGCCAUAAAUAAGGCACAAUUUGUGAAAAGGGUGCAAUUCACCAUUGGAAGAAUAAUGAACUCCUCUCACAAGAGAGUGAAUGUGGAAGACAUGGCCAUGACAGCACGUAAUAUAGGAAUCCAAGUAGAUGAAGACUGUAAGGAAUGUCAGAGGGCAAAAGAGAGGACUGAAGAAAUCACUGGGGAAAUAGAAGAUAUUGCAAAGUACAAGAGGAAAAUGCUCAGACUCCAGGGGAAACUCUGGAAAGAUUUAGCUGAAGUGGAGAAAGAGCUGUGCCGAGUGAAAGGGCAAAAUGGCAACCCUGUGGAGAUCAAUACAUCUAAACUGAAAGAGAAAUGGUUGGAGCUACGUACAGAGCAGAAUAAAUGUGAUUUGACUGGUGGCCUAGCUAAAUUUACUGAAGGAAUUGGGCAUCAAGAUGCAGUGGGGAAACAUUACUUCCUGAAGUGGUUUAAAUUGAAUCUGGAUUGCAUUGCUAGGGGAAAUCUUUCUAAACUGCUAGAUGAAUAUGAGAGGGCAUGUGAUCCCAUAAUAUUAGCAGAAUUAGAUGAAUCACUCUCUGCCAGUUCCUUAGGGGUUGAGCAUUUCAUACGUGAGUUGGGGCAGUUUUAUGAGGCCGAAUGCUCGAUGGUUAAGGAAGGCAAAAUGCCAGAAAGCCAAAAAAAAUUCAGCCAGUUUCCAAGCAUUGCAGCUGACCUGAUGCUGGAAGGGUUUCCCAUGGAGCUGCUUGAUGGGGAUGCAUCCAACAUCCCACUGCAGUGGGUGACAGAUGUUCUGACUAAGCUCCAUACCAAGUUGGGGGGAAGGUCCAGAAUGUUGGUUCUAGCGGUGCUGGGAGUGCAGAGCACUGGGAAAUCCACCCUCCUCAACACCAUGUUCGGUCUGCAGUUUGCAGUGAACAGUGGCCGAUGUACGCGAGGAGCCUUCAUGUCACUCAUUAAAGUUACAGGAAACUUAAAGGAGGAUCUUCAUUGUGAUUUCAUCCUGGUGAUAGACACACAAGGUUUGAAAGCCCCCCAACUGGCCCAACAGGAGAAUAGUUAUGAAAAUGACAAUGAGCUGGCCACACUGGUGGUUGGGUUAAGUGACAUAACAAUCAUUAACAUUGCCAUGAAAAAUGCAACAGAAAUGCAGGAUAUUCUGCAAAUUGUGGUUCAUGCAUUUCUCAAAAUGGAAGAAAUUGGGCAGAAGCCCAUCUGCCAAUUUGUGCAUCAUAACAUCAAUGAUGUGUCUGCGGAAGAACAAAACACGAGAGACAGGAAAUAUCUUGUGGAACAGCUGAAUGAAAUGACCAGACUUGCAGCAAAAAAAGAAGAAGGAUCCAGAGAAGUGGCCUUUUCUGACAUCAUGGACCAUGUCCCAGAAAAGCAUAAUUGGUACAUUCCCAGCCUGUGGCAUGGAGUCCCUCCCAUGGCUCGAGUGAAUAUAGGAUACAGUGAGAAUGUGUGUGAACUGAAGAAAUUCUUGGUUGAUCAUAUGAAAAACCAUUCACUUAACACAGCUCCCAAAGACAUUCCCCAGUUUAAUGGAUGGAUGACAAGCCUGUGGAACUUUGUGAAAUAUGGAAAAUCCCCCUUCACCAAGAGUCUUGUAACUGAAGUCCUAUAA